AGGCCUCCUUCCACAACACCACCUCACCACCGGCACAGGCACCACCAGAGAACCCCCAGGAGCCAUGCAGUCUGCCGAGGCCAAGAGGAACGGAAGCUGCCUCCAGCUGGCGCUCAGGCGCUACAGUGCCGCAGUGCGCGACAUGGAGCAGACUGUCAUGCUGCCGAGCCUCCUGCGUGAGGUGGCCUCAGAAGACAACCAAGAAUGCGCGGCGGCGGAGGAGGGCACCCCCAAAGACCUGUAUGAGUACUACCUCAUGCUGAAGACCAUCAGGAACACCGUGGAGAGCGGCCUUAUCCCCAUGGAUGACCGCAAGGCCAAGAACCAGCAGGUUCUCAGCAAAACCAUGGAGCCCUUGCUGGAUGCCGACCCCGAGGUCCUCUUCCACUUCCACCUGAAGGGACUGUUCGCCGUCAUAAGCAGUCUCACCACCAAGUCUCAGAGCCUCACCGCCAAAUACAUGGAUAUGGUCGGCAUCGCCAACUAGAGUGACCGGACUAAUCAACAACAAAGACUGAACAAGAAAGAACAGGAAAGCAAGCGAGACCAAUAAAAGGGCAUUAUGGCGUCUCUUCAACUAAUAUACAUUGAAACUGUCUCAGAUUUGCUGAAUGGGCAGUUGUUUACAGACAUGUAUA